CCAUAGGAAGUCGACACUGAGAACAACACGCUGAGCCUAGUAAAGAUGAACGACGAGGAGCAGAACCACUCCUCCUUCUUCAUCAGGGUGAAGAACCCUGCUGAGCGGGAUGAAUUGAAACCUGGAGACCUCAUUGAGAUCUUCCGUUCUUCUUGUCAACACUGGGCAAUGUAUAUUGGGGAUCGAAAGGUUGUCCACUUGGCAACUGAUUGUGAGCAUCUUGGAGAUGGAAACCCCGACACCUUGGCAAUCUUAUCCGAUCAGGCUUAUGUCAGGAAGGACUGGCUGGAAGACGUUGUGCGGAAAGACCGGUACCGAGUGAACAAUAAACAUGACGAGACGCACCAGCCUCUCCCUCUGGCCAAGAUCCUUUGGCAGUCAGAGGAACUGGUGGGCAAAGAGAUGCCCUAUAGUUUGACCAGUCAGAACAGUGAACAUUUUGUUAUGGAGCUACGUUAUGGACCUGAAAUGAAUGAGCAGGACGAAAUAAAACCCGGGGACUUGAUUGAGAUCUUCCGCUCCUGUUAUCAGCACUGGGCUAUCUAUGUUGGAGAGGGCAAAGUGGUCCACUUAGCCCCCGAAUGUGACCGCCUAGCGAAUGGUGCAGCCAGUGUCCUGGCGGUUUUGUCUGACCGGGCGUACGUCAAGAAAGACUGGCUGGAGACGGUGGUGCGGAAGGACCAGUACCGGGUGAACAACAAACAUGACUACACGCACCCCCAGUUGCCCCUCACCAAGAUCCUCCAGCGGGCAGAGGAGCUGGUGGGGCAGGAGAUGCCAUACAACCUGACCAGCCAUAACUGUGAACACUUUGUGAUGGACCUGCGGUACGGAGUCGCCAUGAGUGACCAGGUCACGGAGGCCAUUGCGGUGGGGACGAUUGGCAUGAUGGGUGUAGCAGCCGCCAUGAUCCGCUCCGCGGCCAAGAGGCGCAAGCAUCGUUACGAAUAGUUUUGUGGGGACGGAUCGCAACCAGCUCUGGGGGUGUUUUGACUGCCUAGUGUCCUUUAUUUGCCAGAAUUGUUUUCAGAACACCAAACCAAAAAAAAUUAAAUCAGAUUUCAUGACAAAAGCCAUCCACCCACGCCGUGCUUGGAGCCAAUAAAACUCUCUUCAGAACUUACUUAGACAUGUGGUGCCAGUUGUUGUUUUGCUAUUUAUACCAGGGACCCCAUUUUUGUUGG